UCGGGCCAGCGAAGGCAUCGUAGGGCAUAUCCAUAUGUAAAGCGAACGCUGGUCUGUGGCGAUCAACCAUGUGGAUCGCGAAAGGUAUUCUGGCCUCUGUCGUCCUCAAAGGACAUUACAGUCUGUUCUGUCGUCCUCCUCCAAGCUUGCCUGACUAUGCACUCCGAUUCCUGCACUUCACUUGUUGCAGAAAAAGCGAAAUAAUGCUGUCAGAGUUUGACAGCUUGAAUGCAUCCGUUUCCUCUGAAUUUAGAAAAGAAAAUGACAAACCCCUGGACUCAUGUUAUACUGAAGAGCAACGUGCGGUCAUCCUCCAGCGUCUCAAUACAGCCACAGAGUCAGAACUGGAACAGGUUAAAUUGCUGCGAGGAAGGAAAUCGGUCAAUAUUGUCAAAUACAGGACCAGACAUGGACCAUUCAGCAGUCUGGAGAGCGUCAUUAAUGUGCCUUUACUGAAACACAAGAGCGCCGUCAUGGUCUUUGACUCCAUUCUUAAUCCAGAUAACAAAAGGAAGAGGAACAAGGGGAAAGUCCAUCUAGCUAAAUUUAUAAAACCAGAUGUUAAUCGAGCUCACUUGGAGGAUGCAAGCUCUAUCAUAUCCAUUGUUUGUGGCACAAACAAAAUUGCUUGGGCACACAUGGACCGGGCAAGAACUGUCUUAGACUGGCAGCAAGCAGAGUGCCAGAGUUUUAUGAAAGGAACAUACCUGGCAUCUGAUUAUUUGAAAGAUAUUUCUUCUGUUAUUUCAAGCUUUCCUGCUGCUGACUUCUUUUUAGUGGAAAAGCCAAGCAUCUCUCCUCAGAAUACUUCUUUAUUUCCAGUCAUGGUCCAUCUCCGCACAGUAGAGGCCAUGCUAUUUGCUUUACUCUCUCAAGCCAGGCAACCAGGAAGUCCCCCCAAAGUCCUUAACAUGAUGCGCAUAUCCAUUGGUCGUCACUUUGACCUAAUGGUGGGAGACUGUCGGACAAGUGGAGCUGAGACACUGAGGAAGAUGAUGACAGAUUCGGUAAUGAAGCAAGACCCACGUGUUCUUUUCCCUCAUGACCUGGUUUUAAAGCAUAGGAACUCCUUUCAGAUGAGCAGUAGGAAUAAAGGGGAAGAGAUGUGUGACGCUCUACUACAAGCUGUUGCAUUUUUUGAGCUCCUGCAGGAGUGAAUCACCACCAGAUGACUGCUUAACUUACUUUUGGACUUGAUCAGCUGAGUGCUAGCAAGUUCUUUCUGCCAUUGAUUGAGUAAAACAUUAUGCAAUA